GAUGACCUAAUCCACCUUGGGGCCAAGUUCUCCCCGUGUAUCCGCAAGGACAGCCAGAUAGUCAGUCUCAUCCAGAAAGCCAAGGACCAGGAGAGAGAGUCAGGCUGCUGUGUACAGAACGACAACUCGGGCUGUGUCCAGACCCUCAGCAACGACUGCUCGGAGUCAUUGGCCACCUUCAUGAAAUGGAGGGAUGAAGAUGUGGACAUUCGGAGGUCGUCAGGCUCUGUGUGUCACCAGGACCCCAGGACCUGUGAAGAGCCCGCCUCAGCAGAGCCUCACGUCUGGCCCGAUGACAUCACACAUUGGCCGAUCUGUACCUCCCCCCGCAAGACGAACCUGACAGGCUACAGACACAUGGACUGUAACCUCAAGGGACGACCCUGCUGCAUAGGAACUAAGGGCCGGUGUGAGAUAACCACGAGAGAGUACUGCUCCUUCAUGCACGGUUACUUCCACGAGGAGGCCAUCUGCUCCCAGAUCCACUGUCUGGAUGAGGUGUGUGGCCUCCUGCCCUUCCUCAACCCUGGUCCCGACCAGGUCUACAGGCUGGCUCUCCUCUACACAGGCCUCCUCCACUGCCUGGUGUCCGUAGUGUUCCAGAUGACUAUCCUGAGAGACCUGGAGAAGCUGGCUGGCUGGGUCCGCAUCUCCAUCGUCUACGUCCUCUCUGGCAUCACCGGCAACCUGGCCAGCGCCCUCUUCCUCCCCUACAGAGCCGAGGUUGGCCCAGCUGGCUCCCAGUUCGGGCUGCUUGCCUGCCUGUUUGUGGAACUCCUCCAGGGCUGGCAGAUGCUGGAGAAGCCGUGGAAGGCCUUCCUCAAGCUGGUGGGCAUCGUCUUCUUCCUGUUCCUGUGUGGCUUGCUGCCCUGGAUCGACAACAUCGCCCACAUCUUCGGCUUCCUCAGCGGCCUACUCCUCUCCUUUGCCUUCCUGCCCUACGUGACGUUCGGCGACUUCGACAAGUACCGAAAGCGUGUCCUCAUCCUGCUGUCGCUGCUGGUCUACCUGGGCCUGCUCUCCUCGCUGGUCGUCUGGUUCUAUAUCUACCCCAUCAACUGGCACUGGCUGGAGCACCUCACCUGCCUGCCCUUCACCAACAAGUUCUGCGAGAAGUACGACAUCGACCAUGUGGUGCACUAGGCUAGCACUCACUAAAGCGCUAGCAGCUAAUGCUAGCUGGCUUUAAAGCCUGGACAUUCACUGAAAUGCUAACAGCUAAUGCGAGCYGRCUUUAGAACCUGGACAGGAAGMGCAGUGGAAAAUACUUUUAAGGGAAACAGAACUUAAAGGGAGAGCGCACCUGGUUCGUAUGCCCGUACGCACCCAGGGUGUCUACGCACAUUGACUUCAACACUGUAAAGCUAUGCUAGUUCCUCUGGAGAGACCCACUCAGUCUGAGCGUGGCGUUAAAGUGGACUUGGAAGACUACAGAGGAUAUCCUACCCUAUCGGUUCAUAAAUUGUCACGUUAAUACUACAGAGGCCUCUUAUUUGUUACCUUUUGGACUCAUUUUCUACAACACUGGAUGUAUCUAACACUACGUGAUAUAACAUUUCAUUAUGUUCAAAUACUUUGAGUUAGCUGUUCAUGUGAGCAUUUAAUUAUGGUAUUGAAUACAAGUCAUACAGUCUGCCACUGGCUGGAGCAUUGUUUCAACUUGAACCUAGUUUUGUGUGCUUUUCAUGACUUUUCCAUGGCACUGUUUUGGGGAAAGCUGUUGCCUUUCACAAUGAAUUAUACUGUACAGACAGUUUCAAUAAAAUGGUGUUAUUGUAUCUGUAAAUGAUGGUCUGACCUUCCAAAUCCUGCCUUCCAAUCUGCCUAGGUUUUUUGUAUCAACUGCCACAGGUGCUAGWACUAAUUCCAAUUGAACUGUGUCACUGCCCCAAAGACWAGCUGUUAGCCUUAUGGAAAGCUUUUCAGUUUAAGUGCACUACUAAUUAAACACGUUGACUUGUUCUGGCCAUAAUUGUGCAAUAUCACUGGACAUUGUGUUUAUAGCUUUGWUACUCACGUUAAUUACACAUAAUAUCGUAMGAUUAUAGGAUCUGACUGACAGAACAAAAGGCAGUAUGUGAUCUGAUAUUGAGCAAACUAGAAAGUCCAUGUUUCACUUCAAACUACGAUGUGCUYGCACCAUAUCUCUACAGUAAUAUAGUAAUUAUAGCACUUGAGUGAUAUCAGAGCAAAUGACUACUUAUCAAUCAAUGUGUAAUGUGUCUAUAUUUCAAAGCCGAACGAGAGUCUGUGUACUGCGUGCCUUGAUCAAUGGCCAUUGAUUCAAGAAAGGCUGCUAGUCACUCUUGCCAUUUACAGAUAUCAAAAUGGCCAACAGAGUUUCUGCCAUCCCGGCCUGCUUCUGGUCUCUUGGAUUAUGACCCUCUCCUCUGGCAGGUGUCCACUCUUCACUGCUUAGGACGUUUCCUGAGAGGUGRAUUACUGCGGUGAUGUGGAUUAUAAGAGCAGGAUUUACUAUGCUUUGUUAAGUCACUUUACACACCAGCAGUCAACUGGUGGCGUUAAUGACCGACUAUGUCAAUAACGUGGAAUUCUUCACAGGUGUUGGUUGGAYGAUCGUUGAGUACUGUUUUACGUUGUUUURUCAUUUGGGCAUUUAAAUGGUUGUGACCCUGUUUCAUUUGCUAGGAAUCUGUCCCUCCUUUUCUUUUUAUAUGAACACUUUAGCACUGUCUGGUCCUCUUCAUAGGAAUUCACAGUGCCUUCUGAAAUGUGUGUAAGCCUUGAAUUUGAGUGUCUGUAAAUCGGCAAGCAUAAAUGCAUAAGUCUGUAAAUGCAUUUGGACCAAAUUGAUUAGUUAUUUAUUGGAUUAAAAAGGAAUACUUUGGAAUUUGCUCUUUUACUGAGAUAUUGUGAUAUAUUAUUGCUGCAGUUUAAGAUAUUACACUUACGUGUAUGUACAAAUUCAGACGAUGUUCUUAAAAAUAAAUGUACAUUUAAUCAUG